AACUACGUCACUGCAGCACGUGACAAUAACAUCUCCUCCUCCAGCCUGUGGAGACGUGACUGAUGCAGAGCUCGUCUGUUCUCCGGCUGCACGAGGAGUUUUCUCUGUGGAUUAACUUUUGAGUUCGGUUUUAUUUGAUUUUACGCGUUGUUCAAGUUCUGUCAAGACUUUCUUCUGUUUCGGAUCCUGUCAUGUAAACUUCCCUUCAUUUUUUAUGGAUUUUUUUUUUUUUUGAAUGGCUUCAUGAGAUAAUUUUGUUUUUUACUACUCAGAGAAUUUUACAGGGAUCUUACCACCAUCUGCAUCUAAAGGUCUGUCUCCUCUCACUUGGAGAAGAUGAUCUGCAGGAUCCUGCUGUUCUUCUAUCUGGCCUCCUGUGGAAUGCUCCAGCCUCGUUACUCAGGUCCAGUCUAUCAGACGGAGGAGAACCACAACAUCACAGCGGAGUGGCGCUUCUCGUCUGAACCCAACAUCUCCGUCCCCUCGCUGAAGAUCCACUGUGUGUCCGUGCCGGGGCUGAAGGUGUUUUAUCACCUGGACAACAGCGUUGACGAGCCUCAGCACGAGCAGUUCUCAGGACGGGUUCAGUGCGACAGAGACGCUCUCAGAACAGGACGGGUCAGACUUCAUGUGUCCAGAGUCAGGACUGAAGACUCGGGCCUGUACCUCUGCAGGAUGGCCACUGGAUCUGGCAGGAAGGUCUCACAGUUCUCACUCAAAAUCACUGCAGCGAGGGAUUGGCCCAAAACUGAGAGACCCAACACAGAAAAACCUGAGAGACUCAACACAGUGAGACGAGGAGGGAUCGACGUCUUUACUGUACUGAUUCUGAUGCCGGGAUUGGUAGCUGUGUUGUUCGCUUUAUACCUUGUUAUUCAUUCACUCCUGUACAUUCAUUAGAUUAUUGUGUCAGAGAAGAGUCACAGCAAAAGUUACAGCUCAGCCAAGAAGGAUUGGAGACAAAAGUCAUACCAUGGACAUGGAAAAUACUUGUUUCCCAUUGGCUUGCAAGUAAUAAAACUGUAUAUCAAGACACAUUAAACACACCAGCAGGUAACCAUAGCAACAAAUUUGAUGCUUCACAAACAAACUGUGAUAACUGUUUAAAAUCUACCUCGUAUAGACGUGAACUCACUCUGUGAAAUGUGUUUUUUUCAACCUUUUGCAUUUCAACCCCUUUCACUCUGCACUUUAAAGCACAUUACUGCACGCUGUCUUUCUAAUUCUAUCUGCCAGAAUUUCUUAAAGCGGUUUUAACAGUGUUGGUCCCACUACGUGUUUGGCGGCGGCUGUUUUCUUCAGACGUUGCUCUUAGUGGGAAGCUUGAAUGCUGUGAUAGUGUCACGUCUCUGUGUUCUCAGUUGUGAGUUAUAUAAACAAAGCAAAUCUGUCAAACUGUCAGAUAUUACAGCUGUUCAUAGCUGCUAAUGUUAGCAUUCAACCCCUUGGUGGCUAACGUUGAUUACAUCCAGUGUGUCUCACAUCCAGGCUCAAAGAAAUGUUUGUUGAUAUGUCAGAAUUAAUUCAAGCCUUUUCCCAUCGAAUGGUGUGACGCUGUCAAACAACAGUAUUAGCCAGGAAGUGGUUGAAUGCUAACGUUAGCUAAUAUGUUAUCAAAUAUUUUGAAUCUGUUAUCUUGUUUUUACUUGUGAUCCAUCAGAAAGCGGUGUUAUAACGUUUUUAGAUCAAAUAAUGGAUAAAUCGUUUGAAAUGUGAGUUUCUAUUUUCAGUGACGUCUUUUAAAUCACUUCCCAUACAACUGGUGUUGUCAGGGAGGUUCAUUUCUUUCUGAUCAUUUUAUUCGCCUCAAAUCGUAUGUUUCAAUCUUGGUUCAAGCACUGUGACUUUGCUGUGAAAAGCACUGUUUUAAAGGAUUUAAAGGAUCCUCAUAUUACUGUUUUAUUUUUGUUCGUUACAUUUAUAAUCUUAUUCACUGUUGUUUUGUUUUUUUAUUGUGUGACCAGUGUUAUUGUGUCAUCCCUGUUAUUAAGGAGAGUGACCAGCAGAGGGAGCUCUUUACUCACUCACCUGUUUGUAUUUGUGUCAUCGGCUUUACAUUUCACUUCUGAUGAUAUAGUAAAUAUUUUACUUAAUAAAAUGAAUUUAUAAACUUCACUAAUCAA